AUGGACUUAGAUUUCAACUACAAAGACUCGGUGAUGGUGGUGACCAAGGACGAGUACGAAAAAUGCCGUUCUGCUCAUCCCAUCUUCUUCUCCAACAAUGGUGUGACCGUGUUCACAUUGGACCGGCCUGGUUUGUUCUAUUUCAUUAGUGGGGUUUCUGGGCACUUCGAGAGAGGCCAGAAGAUCAUCAAGGUCUUGGAACUAGCAAGCCCACCUCAAUCUGUUGUCCAGAACGAGCAGAAGAAUGAUGCUGCAGUUGCAAUGCCCGCCAUCUCUUCUGCAACUCUCAUGUCCUGCAUUAUGUCAUUUGUGGGGGUUCCUUUUCUUCUAAUUGCAGUGAUCAGUGAUGGUUACUAUAUUUUUCUUUUGGUUUGA